AAACAAUCUCACAAAGAUUACAUAAAAAAUUAAAGAGAAUGCGUAAAUAGUAUUUUUAAAUAUUAAAAAAAGACAUUUUCAGUAAAACUUGUAUAUAUGAUGAAGGAUCAAAAGGAAUCUUUUUCAAAUAAUGAAUAAGAAAACAUCAAAUGUUAAAAAAUCAAAGAAUAUCAAGUUUAAAAAUAUAUUUCAGAUGAACUUUUUGAAGGGUUUGAAAGUAAAGAAGAGAAAUUAAAAAUCUUAUACCAUAUUAGGUUAGUGAAAAGUAAUAAAAAAAAAAAAGUAAUAAAAUUGAAUAAUAGGUAAAUAUUCUUUGUUUUUUAAGAUAGAGUUUAACAGAUAUUUUUUGAAAUCUUGAGUUUUGUUAGUAAUAUUGAAUUUAGGAUAAAAAAUGAUUUUUGGGCAAUUGCUUGAAUAAACUUAGAUAUAUACACAGGUAGAAUUGAGAAUUUAAACAUUAGGUCAUUGGCUAUUUCAAACAUGAAGUGUGAAUAAUUCAAGCGAGAGGUUUUGGUAGAGAAGAUUACAGAUUUAUAUUUUCCUUAUUGCAUGGAUAGAUAAGAGUACAUAUGACCAUAAGGAUCAAUUUAAUAGAAGAGUAGACAUUUAAUAAAGAAUAAGUAAACUUUAAGGGUAAUGAUCCUUAAUCCUUUUUUUAGAGUUUUAUUAUAAAAAGUGUUAGAAAUAG